UUUCUUUUCCCACUCUCUCUCUCUCGUUCUAUCGUUCUCUUCUUAUUAAUCUCCCCCACCCUCCCUCUCCUAUUUCUCAGUCUUCUCUUCCUCCUCCGGUCCCUCUCUUGUCGGACGAAGAACCCCUUCGCCGUUCGACUCCCCUACCGGGGUUCCCCCGCCCUCCCCCGGGAUCCCCGCUUCUGGCCGGCGGGCCCCCGCGCACGCCCUCAGGAAACUGGGACAUCCGGCCCCGAGCCCGACAAAGCUGGCAUCCCGACCCCCCCUCUGACCUGUGCCUCCGUCCCCUCUUCUGCCGCCGUUCUCGCCGGCCAAGGAGCUGCCACUCGAUUCCAUCUGCUCCUUUCGGUGCCCGAGCCUCCGCCGGCUGAGGAGGCCAUGCAGCGGUCAUCUGCGGUGGCCGGGGGGUGAGAGGCCGUUGCAGAGCCGCCUGAGUCCGGACGAUGAAGGGGCCUGUGAACGCCGCCGCCGCGGCGAAUCCGAGCGAAGGGGAGAGGAAGACAAUAAACCCGGAGCUAUGGUACGCGUGCGCGGGGCCGCUGGUGACGCUGCCACCGGUGGGAAGUCUCGUCGUCUACUUCCCCCAAGGCCACAGCGAGCAGGUUGCGGCUUCUAUGCAGAAGGAUAUUGAUGCUCACAUUCCAAGCUAUCCAAAUCUUCCAUCAAAAUUAAUAUGCCUUCUUCACAAUGUUACUCUGCAUGCGGAUCCAGAGACGGAUGAAGUAUAUGCUCAGAUGACACUCCAGCCGGUCAACACAUAUGACAAGGAGGCAUUACAGGCAUCAGAGCUUGCAUUAAAACAGACUAGGCCACAGACAGACUUCUUCUGUAAAACACUGACUGCAAGUGAUACAAGCACUCAUGGAGGUUUCUCUGUGCCCCGUCGUGCUGCAGAGAAGAUCUUUCCUCCUCUUGACUUUUCAAUGCAACCACCUGCCCAGGAAUUGCAGGCACGGGACUUGCAUGAUAAUGUAUGGACCUUCCGUCAUAUUUAUCGAGGUCAGCCUAAAAGACACUUACUGACAACUGGUUGGAGCCUAUUUGUGAGUGGAAAGAGGCUCUUUGCUGGUGACUCUGUUUUAUUUAUUAGGGAUGAAAAACAACAGCUUCUUUUGGGCAUUAGACACGCUAACAGGCAACCUACUAACAUUUCAUCAUCAGUCCUGUCAAGUGACAGCAUGCAUAUUGGGAUUCUUGCUGCAGCAGCUCAUGCCGCUGCAAACAACAGCCCCUUUACUGUAUUUUACAACCCAAGGGCUAGUCCUUCAGAAUUUGUCAUUCCUUUUGCCAAGUACCAGAAGGCAGUGUAUAGUAACCAAAUAUCCCUAGGCAUGCGCUUUCGAAUGAUGUUUGAAACUGAAGAUUCAGGAACGAGAAGGUACAUGGGUACAAUCACUGGCAUUGGCGAUUUAGAUCCCAUGAGGUGGAAGAACUCACCAUGGCGGAAUUUGCAGGUUGGGUGGGACGAAUCUGCAGCUGGUGAGAGGCGUACUAGGGUCUCUAUCUGGGAAAUUGAGCCUGUGGCAGCUCCUUUCUUCAUUUGCCCUGCACCAUUUUUCAGACCAAAACGUCCUAAGCAACCAGGAAUGCCAGAUGAUGAGUCAUCAGAAAUGGAAAAUAUCUUUAAGAGGGCAAUGCCGUGGCUUGAUGAAGAGAUCUGCAUAAAGGACUCUCAAACUCAGAACACUGUAAUGCCUGGUCUGAGCUUAGUUCAGUGGAUAAGCAUGCAGCAGAAUCCCUCACUUGCAAACCCAACCAUGCAGACUGAUUACUUGCGGUCCUUAACUGGACCUUCUAUGCAAAACCUUGGAGCAACUGAUCUCUCAAGACAGUUAAGCAUGCAGGCCCAGUUCUUGCAGCAGAACAACACACAGUUCAAUUCUCGGCUGCCUCAGCAAAACCAACAACUUGAUCAACUUUCUAAGGUGUCUGUCCCACUGAACCAAUUAGGCAUUGUUACUAGACCACCACAACAAAUGCAAGAUGUGCAGAGGCAGCAACUAGUUAACCAAUCAUUACCUGUGAACCAAACUCCGACCAGUCUCAUACAAUCUCAAAUACUGGUCCAGGCUCAAGUCCAGCAGCAACAGUCUGUGAUCCAGAGCCAUCAGCCAUUACAGACAAAUCUGCAACAAAACCAGCCACAACAUCAGCAAUUACUCCUGCAGCAGCAGCAGCUGCUGCAGGAACAGCUGUCACAUCAGCAGCAAAACCCGCUGCAGCAACAGCUUCAGCAGCAGCAAAAUAGGACGUCUGUUCAGCUCCCUAACCAUAUAAAUAAACGACUACAGUUAACAGAUCAUCAGAUUCAGUUGCAGCUGUUACAGAAACUCCAGCAGCAGCAGCCACUGUCACAGCCCACCGUGCAACAUCUUCAACUGCCACAAAUCCAAGAGCAACAGAAACCACUUUUGAAACUGCCACAUCAAUUAUCAAACUCUCAUUCGCUCAUGCAGCAAAACAUGAUCCCCCAACAAUGUGCAAAAGCUACUUCCCAAGCGGUGUGGCUGCCACAAUCCUUGCUGCAACAGUCCCAGCAAAAGCUUCAGCAGCAGCAAGUUGUACCGUCUGAGCUGAAUGGGGCAGUCCUUCCUCCAACACCAAAGACCGGUGUCCUCUCAACAACUGGCACCUCUUUGUUGGCAGCUGGAGGAGCACAAUCAGGGCUCACAGAAGAUGUCCCAUCUUGCUCCACUUCACCUUCCAUGAAUAAUGGUGCUGUUCUUCCUCUGCCGAUGUUAAAUGGGACUCACCACCUCAGCACAAUUACAACAGAUAAGACAUCUCAGUCAGCUGUGACAAUUUUGAGUCAUAACUCCUUUGAAGCUGUAGCAGCAAGCCCCAACAUAGCUAAGGAGUUGCCCAAAUCAGUACACAAUGUGAAGGCUUCAACUCCAAUUUCCAAGGUGCAAACUCAGGGAGUCAUUGCCCCUCAAAUGUAUACAAGCAAUGCUGCACAGAUGGAUUAUUUGGACACAACCUCUUCGGCAACUUCGGUAUGUCUUUCUCAGACUGAUGGGCCUUUACCACAGAGCUUCCUGCUUUCUUCUUUCAAUCAGCCAUCCAUGCUCCGAGAUGCACCUCCAAGUAGUGAGGUCCAGGGCACAGAUCCAAGAAAUAAUGUCCUUUUCGGAGUUAACAUUGAUUGCCCACUAGGUAUACCGCUAACUACUGAUGCCUUGCUGGCAAAUAGCAUUGAUUCAGGAAAGUACCAGAAUCAUGUCUCAGGAAAUGUGAUUGCUAAUCACAGCACUUCAAAAGAUGCUCAACAGGAGUUAUCAUCAUCUCUGGUCUCACACUCAUUUGGAGUUCCAGACAUGGCAUUCAAUUCUAUUGAUUCGACGAUUAAUGAGAGCAGCUUCCUGCACAGAAGUUCUUGGGUACCUGCACCAUCCCUUCAGCGAAUGAGGACAUACACCAAGGUCUACAAGCGUGGAGCUGUAGGCAGAUCAAUAGAUAUUACUCGUUAUUCAGGCUACGACGAGUUGAAACAUGAUCUCGCUCGAAUGUUCAGUAUAGAGGGACAACUUGAGGAUCGGCAAAGAAUUGGCUGGAAGCUAGUUUAUGUGGAUCACGAGAAUGAUGUUUUACUUGUGGGAGAUGAUCCAUGGGAGGAGUUUGUGAAUUGUGUACGCUGCAUUAAAAUCUUAUCCCCACAAGAAGUCCAACAGAUGAGGUUAGAAGGUGAUCUGGAGAACAACAUCCUUCCAAAUCAGGCCUGCAGCAGUUCAGAUGGUGGAAAUAAAUGGAGGGGUCAGUGUGAACAGAACUCAUGCAACCCUUCUGCUGGAUCAUACGACCGUCUGGAAUGAUUAUAUGUGAUGGUCUUGCAAUAAAUUGUACUUGGGCCCUUACUGGCCGGAGAGAGGCCUUUCUGCCUCCCAGCCUUGUGAUCAUUUAUUGGUUCUGAAAGACGAUGCGAGGCCAAGUGUUGACCUCCAGAAAGACUUGACUUAACUGAUCAUGCAAGCGGCCUAAAGGCAAGGGCAACUGCAGAAGGAUACAUGAGCAAGAGAGGGUGCGAUAAUUAGUAAUCCAGAGUGCCCAUUAUGCUUGUUAGUGUGGGCUGGCUUGGAAAAUUGCAACCCUUUAAUGUUGUAGAUCUUUUUAUUUAGUUCAUUUCUGGUUGACUUUCCUGAUGGCCAACGCUUCGAGAUAGAUUUUUUUUUAAUGUUCA